AUGGCAAACAGCGUCGGGAGCACGUUAGGCGCGGGUGUGUACCUCCUGAUUGGCACUGUGGCGAAAACGUUGGCGGGCCCUGCUGUCGUUGUGUCUUUUCUCGUCGCGGCUGUUGCUUCGUUUCUUGCAGGCAUCUGCUAUGCAGAGUUCUCCGCUAGAGUUCCAAAAGCAGGCUCUGCAUACAUAUAUAGCUACGUUAGUGUUGGCGAGUUCUGGGCAUUUGUGAUUGGCUGGAACAUGAUACUUGAAAACAUCAUCGGUGCUGCCGCCAGUGGAAAAGCCUGGAGUCAAUUUGUUGAUUCCAUCUUCAACGACACCAUCAGAAUGACGCUAGAGGAGAAGGUUGGCAUCAGAGAAGGGACUGGAUGGUUUGACUCCUACCCUGACGUUCUUGCACUUGGGUUCAUCAUUGUUGUAACUAUACUAUCAUGCAUAGGUGUCAAGAUCUCACUGAGAAUCAACAUGAUCUUCACGGUAAUCAAUUUAGUUGUAAUAUGUUGCAUCGUAAGUGUCGGUCUCGUCUAUGCAAGGUUCGAAAAUUGGACUAAUUCCCCGGGCGGAUUUUUUCCAUUUGGCUUUCGAGGUACGAUGGCGGGCGCGGCGACGUGCUUUUAUUCGUUCGUCGGUUUCGACACAAUAGCAACAUCGGGUGAGGAAUCGACCAACCCAACAAGACACGUCCCCAUAGCAAUCAUCAUCACGUUAAGUUUAUGCUUAUUAGCUUAUCUGAGCGUCAGUUCAGUUCUUACACUCCUGGUCCCGUGGAACACACUGGCCAUGACAGCAGCACUGCCUAAAGCUUUCGCGCAGAGGGGUAUAGUAGGGGCUGAAAUUGCCAUUGGAAUUGGAGGCGUUUGCGGUUUAACAGCUGCCACCCUAGCAGUUUUGUACCCACUUCCGCGUAGCAUUUAUUCAAUGGCACAAGAUGGUUUAAUGUUUCACUGGCUUGGCAAAAUCUGGAAAAAAACCGACAUUCCUGUUGUGGCUAUGUGCAUAUCUGGUGUAUUAGUUGCAGUGUCAGCAUUGUUGUUAGACCUGGAUAGCCUCAUAGAAAUGAUGUCGCUAGGAACGCUGAUGGCCUACACGAUGGUGGCUAUCAGUGUUCUCAUUCUCAGAUACCAGAAAGAAACUGUUGGACUCCACGCCAAUAACUCAACCGAUCACUUUCCUGAUAACGUUUUAAAUAAUGAAAGAACUACAGAAAGUUUAAACGCAGAAAAUUCAAGCAGGCCUGCAUCUGUAACAACAAUUUUAUCCACUAAUGCAAGUUCGACCAGCAAGCAAGCCAGACUAUCGAGCAACGAAUCGGAAAAAGCAUCAUUAGGAGAAGAUACUGGACUGUUGAAAGUUGCAGAACCUGGCAGUAAGGUACGAUAUGUGCCGACAAAAACAACGACAAUAGUGAAAAAAAUCAAACCACGUUUUGAAGCCGAUGAUAGUGAAGCUGAAGAAGAUGCUUUCCAAUCGAAAACGCCUACCACAAGCAACAACGCGACAACUACUGAAGCGGCUUCUGAAGCUUCCGUCGUCGAAGAGUAUAGAGCGAAAGUGCGUCAAGAACAAGAGGAGCAGCGUUUGAAACAAGAAAUGCGCGAAGAAAGCUCCAAACACAUUUCCCAACCUUUAUCAAUAAAAUUAACGAGAGGUAAAUAUGAACCAAUGGAUAGCAGCAUGACCAGCUUAUCAACCAACAUCUCUCCUGAAGAGCCAACAUUUAAGUAA